AUGACCGCGACUGGGUCCAUAAACCCGGUUCUGAGCCAAUAUUAUGCGCAAAUUUACCCCCUUUCCGAGUACUUGGACGCGUUGAUUCCUUCAAAACCACACUCCUGGACUACCGAAGCCGAUACUGCAACGUUUCGAGAUUUACUACAGACUACACUGGUCGCACUGCGCUCUUCGACUGAACAAAUACCAACCUAUGCCUACUAUCAUCCACAAUGCUCUCAAUCAGAGGUCAAACCACUCUCUCGUCUUAAUACUGUUCUCAACAUUCUCAGAUCAUGGACCGAGCGCAUGGAAAGCUCGUUCAACGGCGUCAUGCACGAUCACACAACAUUCUUGCGCUCGGAUAUCGACUGGUUUGUUCCAUUCUCCUUGUACGAGCAUUUUGCCAAACCCUUUUAUCAGUGCGAAACCAAGGAUGAACUAGGCAAACCACAGCCAGGACGUGUCAAUAUUUCAAACUAUGCUGUAAACUCAAUGGUCGUCAGUCUGACUUCCCCCGAUUGGUCACUGUUGUUGCAGCGGAGAAGGUCCAAUGUACCAUCUCCUGGUCUCAACGAGUCUAUUUCUUCAUGUAGGCAACGAUUGCUUUUGUCAGGCCACUGGUUCGCCCAUACACGAACUCGGGCCUCUCCAGCUCGGAUCACGCAAAAGGGCUCGGCCAGGGAUAUGGUCGAGCUAUCUUGCGCUUUCAAGAAACAGAAACUUGGUGAAGAGGUUUCAUUGAAAAAACCAAGGUUCAACUCUCCAAACGACAUUAGGAUCAUGAGAGCACGCAUGUUCUACGCAAGUGCAAAGCACCUGUCCCACAUCAAGCUUCGGACCGGCCUCCCUGCCAAACAUAUCCUGAAUCGCAUUUCCUCGGGUGAGAUACGUUCGAUUUCUGUUCGACGGGACAGAGAAUGGGAUGGAGGAGAUGACAUUCGUCUACUUGCCAAGUAUAUCUUUCCGCGUCAAUACGGGCUCCACAACGUCUUCACCUGUGAAAAGGCACGGGGUCCAUGGCCAUUCAAGGACUACACCGUCCGAGAUCAGGAGAUUCAUUCACAAGGGACAAAGAAGACACCUAAGCGCUUACAGUCUGUCUUACCUCUGCUUGGACGUCUUCUCAACGGACACAAGAAGUUGGAUUACGACGCGACCCUCUCACGCACUUGUCCGUCAAAAUUGAAAAUGACAGCAAAUAGCACUGUUGAUUCGUCGGUGAUUUUGGAGCUCAUGUCUGAAUCAACGCAACCAUCGAGUACCCAACUAUUUGCUCCGGAUGGACAUCAAAUAAAUACCUCGGCACCACCCAUUCACAAGCAGACAUCCCCUAAGCCUAGGUUUGCCGAGUUUAUGUGCUCGCAUCGAGAGGUUAUCUCAUUUGUGCUUGCUAUCACCUCGUCAGUCAUUCCAAAUGAGUUAUGGGGAUCAGCUGAGAAUUAUAAGCAUGUAUCGAAACGAAUUGCCGAGUUUAUCGAUUUGAGACGCCAUGAAAGCCUCACUCUUCAUUCUGUCGCACAAAAUGUCAAGGUGUUAGAUUUUGCUUGGGCGUUCCCAGAGCAUAAUGGCAACAAAGUUUCAAAGAGACCCCCUUCAGAUGCGAACAAAGCUCGAGAACUUGUGGACGAGUUUCUCUACUGGUACUUUGACUCAUUUCUCCUUCCACUCCUCAAGACAACGUUUUAUUGUACAGAAUCUUCUGCGUUCAAGAGCCGAGUGCUUUACUUUCGCCAAGACGACUGGCUGCGCUUGACAGAGCCCCUGCUCGACAAGCUCUGCUCAGAAACCUUCAUCAAAGUUCCACUGAAUGAGGUACAGCAAGAUAUAGAGGGCAGGAAGCUUGGGUAUGGCCAAGUUCGGCUACUACCAAAGGAGACUGGGGUGCGACCAAUUGUCAAUCUUGGCCGCAAACUAGCUGUAAAGGAGAGACCAAAGGAUCCAGGAUUUUCAAUCAAUCAGAUGUUGCAAGCCACCUUUCAGAUAUUGACGUUUGAAAAGCAACGCAAUCCAUCCCUUCAAGGCUACUCUGUUACUGAUAGCACCGGUAUCUACACUAAACUCAAACAGUUUAAGGAACGGCACCGCUCUCCGGAUGGGCGAAUGCCGAAGCUCUAUUUCGUGAAACUGGAUGUCCGUGCCUGCUUUGACACGAUCGAUCAAGGCUUGCUUCUUGAGAUCAUCCAGCGCAUCAUCCAAGAGGAAAAUUACCUCCUACAACGCUACACCCAAGUUUAUCCAAUGGUUGGAAAGAUACAAAAACGCUUCACUGGCUACGCUAUUCCCGAAGAUGAGACCCUUGAUGUGCUUACGCUCGCAUCCAAGCUGGCGACAAUAGUCCGGCAUACCGUGUUCACUGAUCAAGUUGUUCAAACAUUCGAGGAGCGGGACGAAGUUCUCUCGCUUCUUGAAGAGCAUAUUACAUCCAAUAUUGUAAAGAUUCGAGGGGAAUUCUACAAACAACAAGUUGGCAUUCCGCAAGGGUCUGUCCUAUCCACUAUCCUAUGCAACUUUUUCUAUGGAGAUCUCGAAGCUUCUAAUCCGUUUUCAUUUGUCAAUGAUCCAUCGCAUGUACUUCUACGGUAUAUGGAUGACUAUCUACUCGUUUCAACCAGUCUUUCUGCAGCACACCAGUUUCUCGAGAUGAUGAAACAGGGACAUCCACAAUAUGGCUGUUUCAUUGCCGAAGACAAGACCAUCACCAAUUUUGAACACAUAGCAGCCGGUACGGUCGUUCGAGAAGAAAAUUAUAUGCCCUGGUGCGGGCUACACGUCAACCUCCAAAGUCUCGAUGUAUCCAUCGACUUUACCCGUUUCCAAGGCAAAAACAUCCUGAAUGCACUCAGUGUCGACUCGAGCCAUCGUCCUGCGGCGUCGUUCAAAUACAAGAUAAUGAGCAAUGGCAAACUGACCUCGCGAAACAUCACCAGUUCAUUUGCAGUUCGAUUAAAGAAAUAA